AUGGCACCCAGCUCCAUCUCCAUGCAAAACAUCUCCCGCCAAGAACUCUAUACCUCCCUCCCAGCACGAAUCCAAUACCUGCACGCCUUCCUUGAUUUCUCAUCCCGCGACAUCGAUGCCCUGAUUUCUGGCUCAAAGUAUAUCAAACAACUCAUCCCAGCAGUAGUGAACAUAGUCUACAAAAAGUUGUUGCAAUACGAUAUCACCGCACGUGCCUUCACCACUCGAAGCACGAGCUACGAAGGUCCCAUCGACGAAGUGGUUGAAGAAGAUAGUCCACAGAUCAAGCAUCGGAAGAUGUUUUUGACAGCGUAUCUCAAUCGGAUUUGUAGUGAUCCGAGUAAGAUGGAGUUUUGGGAGUUUUUGGACAAAGUCGGAAUGAUGCACACAGGAAUCGGUAGAGUGCACCCAUUGCACAUCGAGUACAUCCACAUCGGUGUCUGUCUCUCAUUCAUCCAGGACGUGUUCACGGAAGCUAUUCUUUCGCAUCCGAGGAUUUCGUUGAGUAGGAAGAUUUCGAUUGUGAAAGCGCUCGGGAAGGUAAUUUGGAUUCAGAAUGAUUUGUUUGCUAAGUGGUAUGUUAGGGAUGGGGAGGAAUUUCGGGAUGAGAAGGAGGAGGUUGUUAUUGAGAAGGAGGGGUAUCUUCAUGGGGUGAAGAUUUUGGAUGGUGAUGUUGAAGAAAUGGGUGGAGGUGAGAAAGGGGCGAGUGAUUGUGAAAGUGGUGAGAAGAAGCCGGGAGUGUGCCCGUUUACGGGCGUUGCGAGUGAUUUGGAUGGUCUGAAGGUCAGUGAGAGUCCAGCUAACGUUGACCCUCCUGUUUCGAAUGGCGCAUAA